AUGCGUUGCUUAGCAGCUCGGGUGAACUAUAAGACUUUGAUUGUCAUCUGCAUUUUCUUCUCCUUGAUUACCAUCCUGCUGUGGAAUCGAUGCACCAGUGGAAAAAUAUCACCUUUCCCGCAUGACUCGAGCGACGGUGUGAAAGCAGGGGGAACAGAGAAGCGCGUGGCUGCAUCAGAGAGCGGCCAGUGUGUGAACAGAGCAGCUAAGCAGCAGAGUGAGGAAGCGUCGCCCCAGGAGCAGCAGAAGGCUCCCCCCAUCGCUGGGGGCUUCCAUGGCAACAAAAUCUUAGGGCUGAAAUACGAAGAAAUUGACUGUCUAAUCAACGAUGAGCACACCAUUAAAGGCAGGAGGGAAGGGAGUGAGGUCUUUCUGCCUUUCUCGUGGGUGGAGAAAUACUUUGAGGUUUAUGGGAAACUUGCCCAAUACGAUGGCUACGACCGGUUUGAGUUCUCCCAUAGUUACUCCAAAGUAUACGCCCAGAGAGCCCCCUACCAUCCAGACGGCGUCUUUAUGUCAUUUGAGGGCUAUAAUGUGGAAGUCCGGGACAGAGUGAAAUGCAUCAGUGGGGUUGAAGGUGUGCCGCUUUCCACGCAAUGGGGACCUCAAGGCUACUUUUACCCCAUCCAGAUUGCCCAAUAUGGGCUCAGCCAUUACAGCAAAAAUCUGACUGAGAAACCUCCCCAUGUUGAAGUGUAUGAAACGGCAGAAGAGAGGGAGCAGGGCAGUCAACCGGGCAAAUGGAUGGUUCCGAAAGGCUGUUUUGUCACAACAAUGCAGGACAAAUCCAGAUUCACAAAUGUCAAGCAGUUUGUUGUUCCUGAAAACUCCGAGGGAGCAUCUCUCCAGCUGGGGAACACAAAAGAUUUUGUCAUUUCUUUUGACCUUAGAUUAUUAACAAACGGGAGCGUUUCCGUGGUUCUUGAGACAACAGAGAAGAACCAACUGUUUACGGUGCAUUAUGUCUCCAAUUCUCAAUUGAUUGCUUUUAAAGACAAAGACAUUUUCUAUGGAAUCGGGGCCAGGACCAGUUGGAGCACAAUCACACGAGAUCUUGUAACUGAUUUAAGAAAGGGUGUUGGACUCUCUAACACAAAAGUGGUCAAACAGACCAAAAUUAUGCCCAAAAGAGUGGUGAGGCUGACCGUGAAGGGAAAGGGCUUCAUAGACAACAUCACAAUUUCAACCACUGCCCACAUGGCAGCCUUUUUUGCUGCCAGUGAUUGGUUGGUGAGGAACCAGGAUGAAAAGGGUGGCUGGCCAAUCAUGGUAACUCGGAAACUAGGGGAAGGAUUUAAGUCUUUGGAUCCAGGUUGGUACUCUGCCAUGGCACAAGGACAGGCGAUUUCCACCUUGGUUAGGGCUUACUUGUUGACAAAGGACCAUACCUUCCUCAGUUCAGCUUUGCGGGCAACAGCCCCUUACAAGCUCCUGUCGGAGCAGCACGGCGUGAGGGCUGUCUUCAUGAACCAGUACGACUGGUACGAGGAGUAUCCAACCUCACCCAGCUCCUUUGUUUUAAACGGAUUCAUGUAUUCUCUAAUUGGGUUAUAUGACUUAAAGGAGACAGCUGCUGAGAAGCUAGGAAAAGAAGCAAAGCUCCUGUACGACAGGGGCAUGGACUCCUUAAAGGCGAUGCUCCCCCUCUACGACACGGGGUCAGGAACGAUCUAUGACCUUCGCCACUUCCUCCUCGGCACAGCUCCCAAUUUGGCCCGGUGGGAUUAUCAUACCACCCACAUCAAUCAGCUCCAACUGCUGGGCACCAUAGACGAGGCCCCCGUGUUUAAAGAGUUUGUCAGGCGAUGGAAGAGCUACCUGAAGGGCAGCAGGGCAAAGCACAAUUAAGCUGAGCUGAUAACCAAAACCACAUUUCCUUGGUCUGCUGUGCUUGGGAACGGCCAUCUUUAAGUAGAGCAGCGGACCUCUUGAACAAUGGUGUCUGGGGGGGUUGUGCGUGUGUGUAUGUGUAUGCUGGGUUUUUUUUUUUAAAUGAUUUCCUUGAAACCCCUUUAUAAUCAAUUGCAUUCCAGAGGAUAAAUACUUUAGAUUUGGAGAUGGCAUUAGAGCAGGCAU